AUGAAUGUUUACAAAUUAUCUAGCGAAUUGUUGUCAACAAAUGAAAUUGAUUUAGAUGGGGACGAUUUAAAUGAUUCAAUCUAUUUAUCGGAUGAUACCAAUCAAACUUCUUGUCAAGAAAAAGAAGCAACGGCUGAUAGUAAAAGUACAAUUAGUCCAAUCAAUUACUCUUGUGAUAAUAAAGCAACAACUUUAGAUCAAACAUCAUAUAAAUCAUUGAAACGACAAAAUCGUCGAUAUGUAUGCGCAUGGGAAAAGUUACCGGAGUCAUUUUAUCGAACUUAUAUAUUUGAUGUGUCAAACAAAUGUCGAGAAAAAUCUAUCUGCUGGUUGUACAUGAAAAAGAAUGAAAAUAACAUGGAGACUAUGCAUUGUAAGCUAUGUGAAGCACAUAACAGAACAAUUAAUUCAAAUGGAAAACCUAACUUGUGGUCAACUUCUGGGUAUGAAAUAAUGAAAAUAUCGAAAAUUAGAGAACAUCAUCAAAAUGAAGUUCAUAAAAUUGCUCAAAAUCUUGAAUUACAAACUACCAGUCGUUCUCAACCUAGUUGGUCUGAAACCCAAAUUAAAGAACGAAGUAAACAUGAAGAAGCUAUUCAAAAUUUAAUUUUAUCAGCAAUUCAUUUAUGUCAACAAGAUCAACCGUUGAAUUUAUACGAUAAAUUGUGUACAUUACUUGAAGCUGUUGGUGUGAAAUUAUUACCGGCAGAAUUAGGCGGAAUAACAUAUAGAAAUGAUAAUGCAGCAUUAGGAUUUUUACGUCAUGUUGCAUCUUAUUUACAUCAAGAAAUCGUUGAAAAAAUCAACGACAGUCCAUCAAUCGGAUGGAUGCUUGAUGAAAGUACAUCUCGUACUGUAGAAAAAAGUCUAAUAAUUUAUGUCAGAUAUUUUGAACAAGGUGAAGCUAAGACAAGGUUUUAUGGAAUAAUAGGUUUGUCUGGUGAUGGUACAGCUCUUAAUAUCGUCAAUUCCAUGAAAACAUUUUGGCAAAAAGACGAUGUUAAUCCUGAAAAAACUUGCUGGUUUGCUACUGAUAAUGCGGCAACUUUCACAGGUAUCAACAACGGUGUUGUAACAAAACUAAAACAAGAUUUGGAUUUGGAUUUUGUGGAAUUAAAUACAUGUGUAGCGCAUUCAUUUGCACUUGUUGGUAGUCAAGCUGGUUAUAUGAAAAACGAAAAAGAUGAUAAAGCGAAAAAACGUGAUUUAAUUUUACAUCUGGAAAACAUCAUUGGAAAGAUUUAUCAAUAUUUUGGUUCGAGUGCAACUCGAACAGCAAAAUUAAAAUCAUGGCAAAAUUUAUUAGAAAUACCUGAAUUAAAAUUCAAACGAUUGUUUCAUAUACGAUGGACAAGUAUUCGAGAUUCAAUAAAACCAAUUGUACUGAAUGUUACACCGACAAAUCAAGCUCUACUAGCAACUUUAGAAGAGAUCAAAUUAAAGAAGAAUUUAGUUCAUGAUGAUCGUGAAGCUGCAACAGAACUAUUGAACUUAAUUCUCAAUGAUGAUUUUUUGUUCUUGCUAUAUUUUCACUACGAUUUACACGAAUGUGUCCUUGGAGAAUUAACAAAAAUCUUACAAGAUGAUGAUUUACCAUAUUUUACCUUUAUGAAUAUACUUGAUCAAAAGAAAAAAAUAUUAAAUAAUUGGCUUUCUGAAAAGAACAAACAAGAACCAAUACUCGGUCCUUCAUUAACUGAUUAUGUAAAUUUGAUUAAUACUAACAAUUCAUUUGGAGCUUUUCAAGUUAUUCUGACCGAUCGUACUAAACUUUAUAAUGAAUGUUUUCUACAUAUUGAUCGAUUAUUAAUUGAACUUGAAAAACGAUUUAAACCGUGUAAAACACAGGAAUGUUUUAUCGUUUUAUUUGAACCUGAUUAUUUAAUAAAAUAUGCAACAGAAGUUGCUAAAUCUUCUUAUGGUCGACAAGAACUUAAUUAUCUUCGUUUAAAAUAUAAAAAAUUAAAUGGUUUUGAUUUGGAUCAAUGUAAAAUUGAAUGGGAAACAAUAAAAAUACCAUUAAGUGAAUUUGCUGCUAAUAAUCAACAGAAAAAUUCUCGAAGAGUUUUUUGGAAAUCUUUUAUUUUAUGGAGAGAAGCUGUUGAUGACUGUUUUCACGAACGAUACAAAAAUAUGUUGAUUUUGUUAUCAAUUUAUUUAAUAUCUCCAAUAAACUCAGCUGAAUGUGAACGUGGUUAUUCAAUUGCAAAUCGCAUACAAACAAAUGGACGUUCUCGAAUUACAAUUGAAACUCUCGACGUAUUGAUGAAUGUUCGUUUAUUAUGUUCAGAAGAUUUACGAAGUAAUCGAUGUAGGCAAAUUGUUCAAGAAGCCUACGAUUCAUGGAAUAAACCAAGUGAAAAUCGAAGAAUUCAAAGAGCACAAUUGAUUAUUGAUGUUGAAAAAGAUUAUGAUCCAAUUAAACAAGUUCGUCGUUGUGAGAAAAGAAAAAAACAAUCUAGUGCAAUGAGCAAUCUUUCAAGUCAACCAAAAAAGCGAAAGGCAAAUGCUAUUAAAUGUGCUAAUGGUUGUGGAAAAUAUAUUGCUGGAGAUGAUUCAGAAGAAAUGAAUGCAAUUCAAUGUUGUCAUCAAAAUGAAUUCUAUAGCUGGAUCGAAGACAAUUGUUCCAGAUGGUUGUGUAACACUUGUCGAAUUAAAUUAGGUAUAUCAACUACAACUACUACGUGGUUUUGCACCGAUUGCAUCGAUAUGCAUGUUGAAGAGGAAGAAUAA